GUGCGAUCAUCCACAUAUGUAUUGGUUGACGAGGCUCAUGGCAGGCUGGACUAACCUCAGUCUCGUCUGGGCGUGCUUCAGCUAUGCCUUGCCAUCGCCCACUUGGCAUUUAUUACACGGCCGGCGAACGUCGACGUUUGGGCGCGCGGGACGAUGUCGCCGCCGGGCCACACCGCCCUCUUGAUUUGUUGCUGAUCUGCUCCGUCCAGUCCGCGCCGCCACCAAACUCGAGCACUCCGGACCUGCACCGGCGACGGUCGCCCGUGCCACCUCCGCGGCCGUUCCUCAAUCGGCAAGUCGGUUGCUAUAGUACUAGCAUCCGCUAUGCUUGGGUGGGCGCAUAUAUACGCUUUCGGGUACGUGCAUUAUAUUGUGAUGCGCAUGGCGCAGCGCACCUUCGUGCAGAACAUGUGGCGCAUUGCGCAAUACAGGCCUCGAGGCUCUCGCACCGCCCACCACGGUCCACCGCGCCGGCACAACGCUCGUCCGCGGUGGCAGGCCACGAAUUACAGGGUGAUGGUGAAAUAACACGGUACAGUGCAGUACCGGAUAGUCGAAUGGAAAGCAUGUUGAUGCGGGACCGCGAGGGUGUAGUAGCCCGAGGCUGCCGUGGCCCUAUGUACCGCAUCCGAGGAGGCAGACGACCACUGGAGCUGGCAUCGGAGGUGCGUCUCCUCCGCUACAGCCAUGGCUGGUCGUAUGGUUGCGCGACCACCCAUGAUCCAUCCACAACGCAUCGUCCAUUGCAAAUAUGCCGCACAUGUCUGUGGGAGCCUUCGUAUGUCGCUGCCACUUUCCGAGCAUACGCUGAUGGAUUCCUAUAGCUACCGUAUGUCGUUACGCUAUUUAUAGAGCCACUCCGAGUGAGUUUGUAUCCUUGGUACGUCUGACUGGCGCAGUGAGAUGUGCCACGGCCCGUAGGUAUACGUAGGCCUGUCGACUCAGGUAAGUAUUAGGCGGCUCGCCUCGAUUGGGUUACUCACCGGUACACCUGUCAACCCGACAUGCGCUAUGCGCUGUUUCGCUGUCAACACUUAACACGCUGACAGAGGCAGCCGCUCAUAUACGGCACUGGACGUUCGAGUUUCUCAUCUUCGGUCCGCAGCGAUAGGCGUGGGACUCGCGCGGGCAUAUUGCAAGGCCAUAU